AUGAUAAAUCCAAACCAGAGCAGCGUAGAGACGCCGAGAAGCAGCAAAUUGAGAAGAUAUUCGUUAAUGAUUGAAAGAAAAAAGACCUUCCUCUUGGAAAAAAUCGGCGUCCGUCCGAAACCCCGGCGCCGCACCAGCUGCGUCAACCUCGUGCGCGACUUUUCCGCUUCGCAUCCGAACUGCUACCAGCUGGUGAACUCUUCAAGCUCAUCCUCUCAACUGCCAAAAAGUCCCUCUGUAGAAGAGGCCUCCAAGAUCAGGAAUCUUACUCUCCUCCUUCACGACGAAAAUUGCCGGCAAAUUUUCAAGGCGUUUUUGACCAAAGAACAUUCGGCCGAAAAUCUUGAGUUUUGGGUUGCUGUUGAUAGAUAUCGAAAAGAAGAUCUAUCAAAAGCGCUGUCAAUCUUCAAUCGUUUUCUCGCCCCCGGCGCUCCGGACGAGGUCAACAUCGAGUCAAACCUAAUCAGCCAGAUUCGCGAUUCGCUCGCCUCGGGGCACGCCGCCGCCAAUAUCUUUGACGACGCCAAAUACAGCAUUUUCUUAUUGAUCAAACGCGACAGCUACAGAAGAUUCAGAAGAUGCGCCACUAUCCCUUGCGGAAAUCUUCGAUCCCUCGGAGAUGUCAGUCGAAUUAGCUGGCGAAGAAUCAAGCUAGAAGAUCAAGAGGCGGAAGGAAUCAAACUUGGAGAAGUCGGGGGAAGUCGGGAUGCAGAAAUAUCUGAGAACAUUCUUGGCUUCAAAAUUGGAUUCAAAGGAGAAUUGAAAAUCAAUAAAAAAGAGCUCAAAGAAGAUGGAUUUUCGCCGGAAGACAUUGCUUUUUACAGAUGCAGAGUAGUAAUGAGAGACGAUGAGGAAAUAAUCGAGACGAACUACAAACUGCUGGUGAAUUUUUUGCUCGAUAGGGACAAUUUAAGCCCGAUAGUCAGACACAAAAGACUUGGCGAACGGGGGAAAAAGCAGUACAAGGAAAAUAUAAAAUACAACAUCGCGGAAUGCGAGUCGAAAGUGGCGGGGCCAGAUCCAGCGGUUCUCGUCUGGAAAGCUUUCGAUGAGUUUGGCCGAAACAUCAGCGACAGUAAUCAAUUCGGCGCUUGCAAAGUUAGCGAUUCCGAAUUUGGCGACAGCAAUUUUUGCGGCAAAACGACAGAUUUUUUGAGCAUCGACAAAAAAGACAAGCGAAAAAUGCAGACAACGACUUUACCACUUGCUUUUGACGCUGAAGAUGGAAGCGGGCUGACCAGUAGUUUUGAUCGAACAUACUUUAUCUGUGAGGCGCACUACAAAGAAGCGAUUGAUGGCGAAUUGGAGGAAUUUGUCGAGAUUUCCAGGUGGCCAAAAGGAGAUGAGCUCGUCCGAGUAUUACAUCCGGUGAAAACCGUUGAAAUCCUCGUCAAUGGCGAGUCGAUUAAAGCUGCGGUGCUUGACAUCAGCUACGAUCUUCCCAAAAUGACAUGCGAUUCGGACGGAUUCGACAACGAUAGCGAAAAUAUUGUGAUGGAGGAACCACUUGAUCCGCCUAAAGGGUUUAUCCGAGUCAGGUGCAAAGCCAGAAAUGGGAGGAAUGAAGGAAAUUGGAUCGUGCAAGAAUUUGACUUCGUCAAAGCCAAAAUUUCCGAACCGACGAUUACCAGUGAGCAUCAUGGGAUGUUCGUCAACGUUGAAGCCUCCUUCGAACCGAUCAAAGCGGAUUUGAUGACAAAAGUCUUCAGCUGCAAGAACUCCCCGCCAGAAUCAGGAAAGAAAGGAGUCGAGGAAAACGAACGUAUGUACGAAUACCUGCUCGAUAAUUGCGAACAAGGAAGAGCGACGAAAGAAGGGCACAAGCACUACAUCAGUCGGCAAGUUUCAAAAGAGUAUCAAUUGCUUUACACUGUUGCAAUUCUGGAAGUCCUCGAUCCGUACGGAAACACCGGACGAAUUUAUAAUUAUGCGCCGCCAGGCGGAAACAUUCGACAACAGGCGCAAAUUGAAGAAGAAGAGGGAGAAUUUCCAAUCAAAGCCACUUUCACCAAAAUGCCUCUGCUAGACAACUGGCGAUCCGGACGUGCUCGAAGACGAACGUCUCAACUUAUCGAUUUUAUGGUGGCGUUUUUUUACGACGAGGAAAGAAAAGAGCUCGUGGAGAUUUCUGACGACGUCAAAAUCGAGUCGGAAGAUGAAAAGACUGGAGAAUUCGAAGUCGUCAUGGAUCCGAUGCCCGAAGAGCCAGGCCACUACAUCAUUUGCUACGACUUUGCGGAUGAAAUCGACGCGCAAAAAUACAAUGGUUCUGAGUACGACUUUAUUCACGACGAUCUGCUCGAAAAUUAUUUCGAAUUCUGCCAGUUUUUUUACAAACCCAAGUUUCCCUGGUGGAUCAUUUUUAUGCUUUUGGCGAUCUUUUUGUCCGCCGCGCUCGUCUAUUUCCUUUACAAACAUCCUGAAUAUUUCCGAUGCGAGAAGGAAAAUGGCGAAGUCGAUUAUGAAGAGGGGCAAAACAUCGCGAAUAUACCGGACUCUCUUUCCCGAAAAUCUUCCGUUUCUUCAAGUUCAUCCAGUUCUUCAAGUUCUUCAAGCUCCUCAAGCUCAUCUGACUCCUCCGCCGACAGAGGCAAAUCUAGAAUCCAAAAAGACUCCGCCGGGGUUGUUUUCCCCACCAACUUCGGUUCACAAAGUCAAAAGCAACGAAAACCGUCGGUAGGCCCAUCUUUAGGAGCCGUCGAAAAAUCAAGACGAGCAAACUCCGAUGCAAGAGAAGAGUUUGACUUUGUUCAAGCUGCUGAAACAACGCCGCUGAAAUGA